UACAAAGAUAUAAUUAAAUCUCGAAAAUAAGAACAACAAAAUGAAUGUCGAAGAGUUUCGUACACAUGGCAAGGAGUUGAUUGAUUACAUAUGUAAUUAUGCCACCAACAUUGAGGAGCGCGAUGUGGCGCCCACAUUGGAUCCGGGCUACUUAAAAAAAUUAUUACCAGCUGACGCGCCACAGGUUCCGGAAAAGUUCAAAGAUGUGCUGAAGGAUUUUGAACAGAAGGUUAUGCCUGGCAUUGUACACUGGAACCAUCCGAAAUUUUUUGCCUAUUUUCCGUCGGGCAAUUCGUUCCCCUCGAUACUGGGCGAUAUGUUGAGCAGUGCCAUUGGUUCGAUUGGCUUCUCUUGGGCUUCAUGUCCAGCUGCGGCUGAAUUAGAGACUAUUGUGAUGAACUGGUAUGCGAAGGCCUUGGGACUGCCCAGGGCUUUCAUAUCGGAUGCACCUGGUAGCACAGGUGGUGGAGCUUUGCAGGGCUCGGCCUCGGAAUGUGUGCUCGUUUCACUAAUUACGGCACGCGCGCGUGCAAUCAGCGAACUAAAGUGCCAGACAACGGUGCACGAUAGCGUAUUUCUGCCCAAUCUGAUCGCAUAUGCCAGUCGGGAGGCGCACUCCUGUGUAGAGAAAGCCACAAAAAUGGCGCUAGUCAAGUUACGGAUAAUUGAGACAGAUGCGCACGGGCGGAUGAGCGUGGAUUUGCUGCAGCAGGCCAUACAGAAUGAUGUUAAUGCCGGACUCACGCCGUUCUUUGUUGUCGCCACGGUGGGCACCACCGGGGGCUGUGCGUUUGAUGACAUUACAGAGAUUGGCAAAAUUUGUCGACAGGUGAAGAGCAUUUGGUUGCAUGUGGAUGGAGCCUAUGCCGGCAAUUCCUUCAUACUUCCCGAGAUGCGUGUCUUCUCUGCGGGUCUAGAGUAUGCCGACUCCUUCAACACCAAUCCAAACAAACUACUUCUUACCAAUUUCGAUGCAUCCGCCCUGUGGGUACGGGAUGUAAUGAACCUGAAGAGCGCCCUCAACGUGAAUCCUCUGUAUUUGCGACACGAUCAUAUGAAUGGAGUAGACUACAGACAUUAUGGAAUACCGCUGAGCAGACGAUUUCGUGCCCUGAAGCUGUGGUUUGUUUUUCGCACAUAUGGUGUGAAGGGUCUGCAGGAAUAUAUCAGAAAUCACAUGGCUUUGGCUAAGAAAUUUGAGAUGUUGGUGCGUAAGGAUGACCGCUUUGAGGUCAGAAAUGAUGUGCAUCUGGGCCUUGUGUGCUUCCGCAUGCGCACGGACGACGAACCCAAUCACAAUUUACUGGCACUGAUAAAUCAUUCGGGCAAAAUGCACAUGACGCCGGCGAAGGUCAAUGGCAGAUAUGUGAUACGCUUCUGUGUGACGUACGAGCACGCCACGGAGCGGGACAUAGUCGAUGCCUGGAGUCAAAUCAAAGGAUUUGCCUCGGAAAUAUUGCGCGAUGUGCAAAUGGAAAUAGGCUCAGCGCCCACCACACCUGAAGCGGAACGCAACAAUUCAGAGCCACAGCAGCCGGUGGCGGGCAAACCUCCCAUCAAAAAGAAGCUCACCCGCACCAAGUCUCUUCGAUUUUCAUUUACACGAAGCAUAUCAAAAGAAGUGUACCAAAGCCAAAGCGAUCAUCUUAUGGAUGGUUGUACGCCCAUACUUGUUGUGGAUCCCAAAACACUACAGCAAAGCUUCCAGCAAGCGGCAGAUAAAAAUGAGUCCAACAAUAAUAAUAACAACAACAGCGAAACUAGCAACAGCAACAACAAUAACAACAGCAAGCUGAAGGGCAUUGCGGAUGUGGACACAGAUGAGGCAAGCAACUGAGCAACUUCAUUAGCUGAAGUAUAACGGCAAACAAAUCAAGUCCCCGAUUUACCUCCUUUACACAUCCCAUCAAAUACAAGUAGUACUCGUAUUAGCUUUAGUGGGGCUGAAGUAGUUUUAAUAGUUGGAAGUAGAGACAAGCUGAAAUGAGGCCUGUACCUAAGCGCUUUUGAUAUACUACUUAGUAUAUGUAACCUGCUCAAUUGAAUUUAAGUAUGUAUCAUAGUCUGUAAGUCGCGCUGCUGAAUUUCACCUAAUUUAUUGUGUGUUCCUAUUAUUAUUUCAAACCAUUUACUCUUUAACAUAUGCAUAUGUAUUUUUUAUGUAUCUAGUUAAAGCUCAUAAACAAAAGCACUUAUUUAUAAACAUUUUUAUGCAUUUUCUCGAAUAAAUUAUGUCCUUAAAACUA